CGUUUCAUGACGGAGACAGGAAUCGUGAGAAAGAAUUCCAAAGCGAUCGAAGUUUGCAGACUUGCCGUUCAGUCACAGCAAAAGAAGCCAAAAACUUGAUCAAAUUUCUGAGCAACUCCGCCACUCUUCUCCUCCGAUGGCCACCGCCGCGCGGCUCCUCCCCAAGAUCCAGUCCCCCGCCUCCCCGGCCGUCGCGGAGGCGCGGAGGCGCCGCCCCUCCAGUCUCCGAUUAGGAGUUACUAGUGGACCCGCAAGAACUCUGAAGCAAAAGCUUGUUGCUAAGAGUGCUGUUUCUGUGGUGGAAGGUGAAAACGCAUUUGAUGGAGUAAAGCAAGAUACUAGACCAAUCAUAGUUAUAGAUAACUACGAUAGCUUCACGUAUAAUUUAUGCCAGUACAUGGGUGAGGUGGGAGCUAACUUUGAGGUGUACCGCAAUGAUGAUAUCACCGUGGAAGAAAUUAAGAAGAUUUCUCCUAGAGGAAUACUCAUCUCCCCUGGCCCUGGCACACCUCAAGAUUCAGGAAUAUCAUUGCAAACAGUUCAAGAUCUUGGACCUUCUACACCUUUGUUUGGGGUUUGCAUGGGUUUGCAGUGUAUUGGGGAGGCAUUUGGAGGGAAGGUUGUUCGUUCUCCUUAUGGAGUUGUGCAUGGGAAAGGAUCCCUUGUUCACUAUGAGGAGAAACUUGAUGGAACACUGUUUUCUGGUCUCCCAAACCCAUUCCAAGCGGGAAGAUACCACAGCCUUGUAAUUGAGAAGGAUAGCUUCCCACAUGAUGCCCUGGAAAUUACUGCUUGGACAGACGAUGGGCUGAUCAUGGCUGCUCGCCACAGGAAGUACAAACAUAUACAGGGUGUGCAGUUCCAUCCAGAGAGCAUCAUAACAACAGAAGGGAGGCUCAUGGUCAAGAAUUUCAUCAAGAUUAUUGAAGGCUACGAGGCCUUGAAUUGCUUACCGUGAUCCAUUUGAGUCGAGGUUCUGGUACAUGUAUUGAUUGAUACGGCUAUCACAGGAUGUAAAUCAUAUUAAAUAGUCCUAAAAAACAUCUUCAAUGAAAAUUACACUGCAAAGCUGUACGAUCAACUCUGUAUACGUCUUGGUUUUCUGUCGGACAUGCAAACUUCUACGUCCUAUAUUAUCAGUUGUUCAGUUUGUAUCUCAGGCUCACAUUUUUAUUCAAGUUGAAAUUUAUUUGUAGUUACCAUGGAA